AUGGUGCUCAAUGAGCUCGGCCGCGGCAUCACGUCCGCGCUCGCCGCGAUGGCCAACACCAUGGUCAUCGACGAGGCGGUGCUGGACGACUGCCUAAAGGAGAUCUGCAAGGCGCUGCUGCAGUCGGACGUCAACGUGCGGCUCGUCGCAAACCUGCGGGCGAACAUCAAGAAGCGGGUCAAUGUGGAGGAGCUCGCCGCCGGCCUCAACAAGCGGAAGAUCAUAGAGAAGGCUGUGUUUGAUGAGCUCUGCGCCAUGCUGGACGGCGACGGCGACAAAGACAAGGACGCCAAGGCUAAGGAGGCGAGCAAGGGCGGCAAGGACGGCGCGGGCAGCUACGGCGUGAAAAAGGGGAAGCCGCACGUCGUCAUGUUUGUGGGCCUGCAGGGCAGCGGCAAGACGACGACGUGCACCAAGUACGCGUACUGGCACAAGAAGAAGGGGUUCAAGCCGGCGCUGGUGUGCGCGGACACGUUCCGUGCGG